AAAGUACAUUCCUUCUUCCAAUGACAACCCAAGCUUACUUCCUGAAAAAUAUUAUUUUCUCAAAGCUGAAUUAUUUUAUCAAAAUUCUGAUGAUCACUCGGUGUAAUGGCCAGUAAAAAGGCCAGCAGUAAUGGGUCAGAUACUGCUGAACCCGAGAAGAAGGAUACAAGUGGCCAUGAUAGUGGAGAAGAGUCGGACGAAAGUGAAAUCUUAGAGGAAAGUCCGUGUGGGCGAUGGCAAAAAAGAUGUGAAGUGGUCCAGCAACGAGAUGUGCGUGGAAUUGACCAAGCAUAUCUUGCGAUGGACACGGAUGAAGGAGUGGAGGUGGUCUGGAAUGAAGCCAUCAUUUCUGAUAAAAAGAGUUCAAAAUCUCAGCUGGAUAAGAUACGUCAAGUGUUUGACAACUUGAUUCAGCUGGACCAUGCCAACCUAGUAAAGUUCCACAAAUACUGGAUUGACAGCAAGACAAAGCAGGAUGAUCCUAAAGCCAAGUCCAGUAAACCCAGGGUGAUCUUCAUCACAGAGUACAUGUCCUCUGGCUCUCUCAAGCAGUUCCUCAAGAAGACUAAGAAAAACAAUAAGACACUGAAGGCAUGGAAACGAUGGUGCACCCAGAUACUCUCAGCAUUGAGCUACUUACAUUCCUGUGACCCUCCUAUUAUACACGGAAACCUGACUUGUGACACAAUAUUUAUUCAACACAAUGGACUCAUAAAGAUUGGCUCAGUUGCUCCAGAUGCAAUAUACAGCCAUGUGAAAACUAACCGCGAACAGACCAGAAAUAUGCAUUACAUUGCCCCGGAAUAUGCAGAUAACAACCCUGUGACAACUGCUGUAGAUAUUUAUUCAUUUGGGAUCUGUGCACUAGAGAUGGCAGCGCUGAAGCUGCAAGGAAAUGGGGAGUCAAGUCACCAUGUUCCCCAGGAGACUAUAGACCAAGCAAUACUGUCACUAGGUGACCCACUUCUACAGGACUUCAUUAAGCGAUGUCUACAGAAAGAUGCCAAGUCUCGGCCGAAAGCUCGUGAAUUGUUAUUUCAUGCCAUGUUGUUUGAGGUCCACUCUCUGAAAGUUAUGGCAGCUCAUAGUUUUGUAAAAAAUGCAAAUAUUCUUCCGGAGAACAUGACAGAUGAAGACAGACAGACUCGAACAAAUCUUGAACAAGUUAUUGGUGAAAUGGUACGCAAAGAAGGCACAGUGCAAUGGAAAUUCUCUCAAGUUCCAACUUUAGAAUUAGAAAAGUUUUUAGAAGAUGUGAGGAAUGGCAUCUACCCUUUAACAGCAUUUACAUUUCCAAAAACGCCCGAUGUUCCAAGACAACGGGCAGUCUCCCCUGAAAUAGCAGAAUCUGAGAAGUCUGAGACACCAGAACCUGUAGACUUAGAGACAAGAACUGUUGUCAACAUGAAUGCUAGUGUUGUAGUCAAUCCUGAGGUGCCCAAUGUUAGACAGCUAACAAUCCUGUUGCGAAUGGAUGACAAAAUGAACAGACAGCUGAGCUGUGACUUCUCCACAGAGGAUACUGCAUCCACACUUGCAGAUGAACUCGUUCAUUAUGGUUUCAUCAAUGAGGUGGACCGUGAUAAGGUUACAACUCUUAUAGAGGAUCAUAUCAAAGCCCCAACUAUACCUGCCCAGCCACCAGUAGCUGUGGAGACUGCCAAAGAAAUACAUGUAAAAUAGAACACUCAUCAUUAUCUAUAGUGCUAACUCAAUGUGCAGCUUUUCUGUCUGCAAUGGUGCAAUGUCUGGACUCACAAAGAAAGUGGUUGUAUCCCAGAAUGCAAGUACAAGAGGUGAUAUCCCAGAGUACCUAGACAUGACAUACAGUAUCUCAUAAAACACAGAACAUUGGAACAAAGGAGGAACAUCGAUCCAGCGGAUUAAUGUAUUGUGAUCCAUAAGUUUAAAUAAUCCAAGGGAUUAAAAUAACCCAAUGGAUCAAAGGUUUAAGUAUUGUUUACCAGGAGAUUUAGGGGAUGGCACUUGGAACUGAUUUAGACUUGUACUUGCCAUAUUAGCAUAGUUUUAACAAUUGUAUUGACAACAUGGUUUUACAUGUUCAGUAAAACGAUGCAUUUUAUGGCACAUUUUAGAAGGGAAUCUGUUUCAAGGUCAGACCGAAAUUUUAUAUGAAAUUUAAGCUGGCUGAAGCUGCACUGAAUUGUCCAAAAGAGUAUUUUAUGCAGAUUUCUUUUUAAAUAUUUCGUUGAAUAUUGAUGUUAAGAAGUUGAACAUGAAAUUGGAACAAGUGACACGAAUUUGUUCUUUUUGCACAUGAAAAGCAAAUUGUGAUUUGUGCAAUAUAUCUUUCUUCAGCAUUUUCUGAAUUUGUCUGAAUUAUACUACAGAAGAACCUGAAAAGUAAAACACGAAAGAAUUUGUUUGGUUCAGUGCACAAAGAUUCUGGACUCAUUUAAAAGGAGCUUCAUAAACAAAAGUGUUUUACUUUUCAUGGGGCUAAUGAAGUUACUCUUAUGAAACACUGAUUGUUAUUACUUGUUACAGAUGAACAGAAGGCAGGACUGUACUAGAGAAGUUUGAAAUUAUUUUGAGUAAUUGGUUGAUGGUCGAAAUUGAUGCAAAAUAGACAAGUUGCUUUUAUCUUUCAAGAAAUCAGUUGGCCAAGAUCAAAAUGAAAUGACUCUGGACCUCUGGGACAGCAGUAAAAUCACACCUUGAUGAUGGUCAUCAUUAUUGGACCAUCAUUAUCUUAUGUCACAUUAUCGUGUCCAUUUCAACAUUGGAUUUUAUAGUGCUGCCUUCUGUUGAUCAUGUAAAUUGUACCAUUGGAAAGCUGUAUAUUUAUUAUUGUUUUCCUGUACAUUGUGUACAUAGCUUUAAAUUCUAAGAUUGUGGAAAUACAUUGCACCUGUGUGCAACAUGGGUCUUCUUAAUGGUACAUGGACCUCUUAAACUGAGAUUGGAUUAUACAUGUUGAUAUAAGCAAUGGAUAUUCAUCAAAAAGUUAAUGCAGUGAUAGGCCCACAGAAAAAUUGAAUGUUUAAAAGAUUCUCAGCAUUGUAAAGGCUAAUUGCUUGGUUAUUGAUUUAGUAAAAUCAGUUGAAAGUUUCGGCAAUAGAUAAAGAGGUUGUUUAGACUCUUUUACAAAAUAGGCUCAUAAGACAAGGAAUGCAGUGAACAAAAAGUUACAAUCAACUAAUCUGUAACCUUUGCUGCCUUCUCAAUUCUAAGAUACAUGGUUAUUCACAAAAGCACGUGGCCAAAACAGUCCUUGAAGAAAUAUUCAUAUAUUGGCUAAGUUUAUGGAUGUGAAAACAUUAUUCUGUAAAAUAUAUACUACUGUAUAAUAUCCCUUGGCUACCAACCGUGUUAUUCGUCUACAUUUCAUAUUUCUGUAUACUUUAAAGGGAAUUAACAACUUCAGUUUCAAAAAAGUAAAAAAUCAACAAAAAUGUGUAUAUAUAUCAGUGUUUACUCUCAUAUCAUAUAUUAUUUAUAAUAUCUCUCAUUUACAGUAUAAUAUCAUUAUUGUACAUUACAAUUGAUUUAAUUCAAUGGAUAAGGGUCUUGACAAGUACAUUAUUAUAAACAUUUGGUACUAACAUGGCCAGGAU